AUGGCUGUAGAUGUACCUCGCGCGGUGAUCAAUAAACUCAUGCUGUUUACUGCAGCUAUGGUGGUACUGCCUGUCCUAACUUUUUUCAUUAUUCAGCAAUUUACAUCAAAUACCUUAGUCAGUGGAGGUUUAGCUGCUGCAAUGGCCAACGUCGUUCUGAUUGUUUACAUUGUUGUGGCCUUCCGCGAGGAUACUGAAGAUCAUAAAGUUGACGGUAACAAGAAGGAAGACUGA